AUGCAGAUCAAGCAUCUGCUCUUCAACUUCCUCGCCCUGGCCGUCACGGUCAAGGCUCUCCCUCACGCUGAGGCCGAAGACUUUGGUCUCGAGGCCCGGGAGAAUACCCUCUGCCCCGAGGGUCAGGUCCUGAAGUACGGCAAGUGUGCUUGCCCCGACGGCCAGGUCUACAACAAGGAGUCCAAGAAGUGCGAGUGCCCCAGCGGUCAGGUCUGGAAGUACGGAAAGUGCGUCUGCCCUGAUGGCCUCAUCUUCAAGGACGGAAAGUGUCAGUGCCCCGAGGGUCAGACUCUGAAGUACGGCAAGUGUGUCUGCCCUGACGGCCAGAACUACAACAAGCACACCAAGAAGUGCGAGUGCCCCGAGGGUCAGCUCUUCAAGUACGGAAAGUGUGUCUGCCCCGACGGUCAGGUUUACAGCAAGCACUCCAAGAAGUGUGAAUGCCCCUCUGGUCAGAUCUUCCGCUACGGCAAGUGUGUCUGCCCCGACGGCCUCGAGUGGAACAAGCACAGCAACAAGUGCGAGUGCCCCGCCGGUCAGACCCUCAAGUACGGCAAGUGUGUCUGCCCUGAUGGUCAGGUUUACAACAAGCACGCCAAGAAGUGCGAGUGUCCCGCUGGCCAGAUCUUCAAGUAUGGCAAGUGUGUGUGCCCCGACGGCCAGAUCUACAACAAGGAGGCCAAGAAGUGCGAAUGCCCCAAGGGACAGGUCUUCAAGUACGGAAAGUGCGUGUGCCCUGAUGGUCAGAUCUGGAACAAGCACAGCAACAAGUGCGAGUGUCCUCGCGGCCAGAUCUUCCAGUACGGCAAGUGUGUCUGCCCCAACGACAAGGUGUGGAACAAGCACUCUUACAAGUGCGAAUGUCCUGUCGGCCAGGUUGAGAAGUAUGGCAAGUGUUCGUGCCCCGAUGGCAAGGUCUGGAACAAGCACGAGAACAAGUGCAAGUGUCCCGACGGCCAAGUUGAGAAGUACGGAAAGUGCACUUGCCCCGAUGGCCAGGUCUGGAACAAGCACUCCAACAAGUGCGAAUGCCCCAGCGGUCAGGUCUUUGAGUAUGGCAAGUGUGUCUGCCCCAAGGGCAAGGUCUGGAACAAGUGGCACAAGAAGUGCGAGUGCCCCGAGGGUCAGGUCGAGAAGUACGGCAAGUGUGUCUGCCCUGAUGGUCAGGUCUGGAAGCACGGAAAGUGCCAGUGCCCUGAUGGUCAGUACUACGACCGCUGGUCCAAGUCCUGCAAGUGCCCCAAGGGCCUGAGCUGGAACGGACACAAGUGCCAGAGCAACUGCGGUCCCGACGCCGAGUACAAGCACGGCGGCUGCGUCUGCAAGAAGAACGGCCAGGUCUUUGACAAGCACACCAAGAAGUGCAGCUGCAAGGGCGGCAUGACCUGGGACGACUGGAAGAAGCAGUGCCGA